AUGCCUUCGACGCCAUUUUUCAUUUCUGACACCUCACCUUUAAUCUCAUAUUCACCCGAUGGCUCUUGGACGGGAGCAUAUAGAGCUAAAGGUGAUGGAUGGGAUGAGACCUUUCAUACGACCUCGUCUAGUGAGGCCAUUAUAUCUGUAAAUAUAACAGCAUCGGCAUUGAACUUUCACAUUACCUCUCCUUCAGUAGAUUCAGAUACGUGUGAAAUACAAUAUAGACUCAAUGGCUCGGAUUGGUCAGAUGGUUGUACAUCUUCCAAUACCAAGUAUGUGACGAAAGGUUUACCCAGAGGUAUACAUGAGAUUGAAAUGAAAGGGCGAGAAGGUGGGAAGGGAUUAGAAUUUUUGGGCAUAAGUGGAGAAUUACCGAUUUUAAAUCCUGGAACUGCGAUAAACCAAACGAUAGAUAACUUAUCUUCAUUACUCACUUAUACACCUUCUGAUCAGUGGACGAAGAUGAAUACUGCCUCGGAUGGUUUAGUUGAGCCAUAUGCGAAUUAUACCUUUAAGACAAUGUAUGAUAAUGAAGGAUUGAAUGAAUUUUACGGAAACUCAAUGGCUGGAACAACGGUUCAAGAUGCUAAAGUUGAUCUGAGAUUUCAAGCCGAAGCAGUGUACGUCUAUGGCUUAUCGGGACCUAGCGGUGGUUCCGCAGAGAUACUACUAGAUGGUGAGAUACAGAAUAACAUAAAUACGUUGAACCCUUGGGAGAUCCACGGUUCUCUGCUUUACGCUGGAGGUGGAUUCGAUCCUAAUAUAACUCAUACACUGAGUUUCGUCAAUACUCAACAAGGUGGUCAAUUGAUAAUCGAUUACGCAUUAUUGACCAUCUCUCAAAAAGGCAAGACGUCGAACUUACCUUUCAUCGCUGGUAUCUCAGGUGGCGUUUCCGCUUUACUGAUAAUCAUAGGAUUCAUAUGGUGGAGUAUAACCUACAAGAAUAGAAACAAAAACAAAAAACGUUCGAACACCAAAAGACAAAAGGCACAAUAUGUAUUCGCGAACGGAAUAGGUAAAGAUGGAUUCAUAUCAAAAUCAUCUUCUAUCAAUGUUUUAUCACCUAUUUCAGGAUUUUCGGAAUCUAUUUCUGGGUCUGGAAGAUCACUUAAUCCAUCUGACGGCGAAUAUAUUUGGGGAACAGGUAGACCAGCCGGAUUAGAUCUGAAUUCUAAUAGAACUCCUAAUAUAUCCCAAUCCCAAUCACAAUCACAAUCACAAUCGAAUACCCGAACCCAAACCCAAACCCAAACCCAAACCCACACACGAAAUGCAGGUCUUGAUCAUGAUUCACCACCUCCAUUCAGAUCACCUCCUCCUGAUUAUCCUGACUACAUACCUUAUUAUCCACCCAAUACAUCCUCAUCUGCAGCUUCACCGUCAGCCUCAAAUGUAGGAUCAGGAAAAUCAGCAUAUUACAAUAAAUCACCACAUCGUCCAGAAAUCUCUGCAGACUCAAGUGGAUGGAUUCAUAAUGCAAGUAAAACAUUAUCACCUUCACCUUCGAUGAAGUCAAGAGCAUCACCUUUGAUUGAACGUAUGAAUCCGUUAUCCUCUGCUAGAAGUAACAAGCCUGAAUAUGAUGAUAUCGCAUUGGAUAACUACAGUUCAUAUUCUCGUUCAGAACAAAGAUCAAUACCAAUAACGCCACCGCCUAUACCAUCAGAAUACGGUGAUUAUACACCGACAACUUCCACUACGCCAUAUAGUAAAUAUACUACUUCCCCUUCUACUGCGUCCACAGAUCAAUCGGUCGCCGUCCAAAGUAUCGCAAAGAGGGGUUCUAAACCACCGAACGUGGCUAGAUUAUGGCCCUCAAGAGAUGCUGUUCCAUCAGCUUACCAAAACUCACUUGCCACAACCAUCAAAACUGAACCAUCAUUGCAUCGAAUGAAUACGACUGGAGGACAAUCAUCAAUUGCUCCUUAUCCACCUGGAUCAUCGAUCAACCUACCUUCAAUGCAGGAAUCAAUCAUAUCCCCAUCUGCGCCCGAAUCACCUAUGGCCGGGGCUAGAGCAGAAGGUGGAUUAGGUAGAGGGGCAAGUAUAAAAUCAUCAAAAUCAAUUGGAACGAUGAGAUCAUGGUUUUCAGGUUUGAUAUUCGCACCACCAGGUUCAAAUUCAGGUUUAAUAUCUUCAUUACCUUCUGUACCUUCAACACCGAUACUACCUCAAGCUGCAGCAAGGCCAGAUUCAGGUAUUUUCCCUUUAGCUCUGAACGGAAGUGUCGGUUCCAUUCCAUUGAGAUCAUCACCUGCGGGAACACCAACACAGAUGGUUCCUGGAACAGCUACGAGGAGCAUUUUCAGCAGUCCCUUAACAGCGAGAACCAUGGGAAGUGGUUAUGGUUAUGGUUAUGGAUAUGGAGGAAAUCAGACUCCACGUUCAGGAAAUAAUUCACCUUUCGCAAAUCUCGGAAAUGUGAAUGGUAUGAAUACAAGACCGUUACCAAGUAGAAGUACGACUGAUUCUUCAGGCUACACAUAUGGAAGUAACGAAGGGAACAAUAUGUUCAUAGAACUGAAUCCGAAUAGUCCAAUAGGUGAAAGUAGACCAGGAAGCGAAUGGACAAACGGUGGGAAAUUGUACUAG